UCAGUUGCACGCCCAAUUCCUUAUCAUCUUAUGCAUUGCCGCCACGAAUCAUCUUCGUUGACCAUACUUAGGUUACACAGAUUGGCUAACUGUGCUUAGUUCGGUUGGAUACUUGGAUAAGCUAGCCAUGAGCCCAUGAUGGAGGAAGACCUUGCCCACCUCAUCAGUCCAUCAGGCUCAUCUCAACAACCUAACCUUCCCGAUUUUACCUUCGUCAGUCCAUUGUUAGAAAUUGUCGCCCUCAUUGCUGACUCACAUACUAUCCUCUACGGUUUCCCACUUAUAUGAAAGCUCCUCCAUGCCCCUUGACGCAACUGCGGACCAGAUCUUCUGAAGCCGGCCACUUCUGCUGAAGAAGCCCAGGCCGCGCAUAAAGGGAAAAUCAAGUCACCCAAGAGAGAUUAGCAUUUCGACAGUGCUCGUUUACAUGAAAGCUCCGUGCCCAUUCACGCAACUGCGCCGAGAUUAGGACCAGGUCCCUCCACUGAACCGGCUCAAUUAUUCAGCUCAGAUGACCUCAUCGUAUUCCCAGCUUCGUAGCAACUGCGAUACUCUGAUUUGUUCUCUUAACUCGGGCGACAUCACCGGCUAAUCGUUCCAGCAGCUGCUAACAGCUACCGCCAUGUCGUCGUCUUCCUCCUUGUUCAAGCAGCUGAGCCUUACGGGGGCCGGGUCCCCCCUCUCCGGCCGCCACCUCCUCCUCAUCCUCCUCGGCGCAGGCUUCCUCGCGUUCACCGUCUUCGUCGUCCACCCCAACGAGUUCCGAAUCCAAUCCUUCUUCGCAGGCAGCUGCGGCCGCCCCAGCGUCCCCCAUGCCGCCGCUGCCGCGUCACUGGGCAAGGCUGCCGCCAGCGUCCCCCAUGCCGCCGCCACGGACGACGACGUGCGCGUCCUCAUCGGCAUCCAGACGCUGCCGGCCAAGUACGAGCGGCGGCACCUGCUGCGGACGGUGUACUCGCUCCAGGUCCGGGAGCACCCGUCCCUCGCGGCGUGGGUGGCGGCGUCGGACCUGGCCCGGCGCGAGCGGGACGGGCCCGAGGACAUGUGGACGGGGCGGUGGUUCAACCUCGCCGGCAAGGCCAGGAACCGGUACGACCAGGCGCCGCGGAUGUACAACUACAAGGGCGCCUCGCCGGACAGCUGCUUCCGGCACGGCUUCGUGCCGGACACCAUCGCCGUGCACAUGCUCAAGGACGGCGCGCGGUGGGCCGAGACGCUCGCCUACUUCAACGCCACGGCGGGGCUCCCCCGCUCCGGCCAGCUCUACCACCUGCCGCCGCCGGCGGGCAGGCCAUGAGAGAGCUGAGAGUUGAACCAAACCAUUGUUCCGUUCUUGACGUGUUGGCUCGGUCAAGGGGUGGUGGCGGUGGUUAGGCGAGAGGGAGGAUAAUCUACGUGUCCAUUUGGUGUUGCCGAAUUGCUGAUGGCAUAAUUGGAUUUGUUUGCAA